ACCCCUCUCCUCUCCUCUCCUCUCCUCCCCAUGGAGGAGUUCAACCACAAGAAAUAUUCUUCUUCUUCCCUCUCAGCUCAGCUCUCUAGCUAGCUUACCAUGCAUGCGUGCUCCCGCCAUUGAUCGUCCAAGCUUAUAUAUACCGCAGGCUCCUCCCACAAGACAAGCAUCGUCCCUUCUCCCAUCCUUCCUCUCCUCCAUUGAUCCAUUCCUUCAAGCAAGAAACAAGGAAACAGACAGAGCUCACCAAGAAACCUCCACCAAUGGCGGCCACCAAGAAGAGGGAGAUGGUGUUCUUCGACGUGGAGGCGUCGACCCCGUCCGGCGAGUGCCGCCUGCUGGAGUUCGCCGCCAUCCUCGUCUGCCCGCGCCGCCUCGUCGAGGUCUCCAGCUACUCCACCCUCAUCCGCCCGGACGACGCCGGAGCCGACGGCAGCAGCUUCCCCUCCUCGGCCCCAUCGUUCGAGGACGUCUUCCCGGACAUCUUCGAGCUGCUGGACGGCCGCGUGUGGGCGGGCCACGGCGUCCGGCGCUCCGCCUCCCCGCGCGUGCGCGAGGCCUUCGCCGCCUUCGGCCUGCCCGCGCCGGAGCCCGUGGGCGUCGUCGACUCGCUCGACGUGCUCCUCGCGCAGGGCAGCUUCGGGCGGGCCGGCGCCGGGGACGACGGCCAGGAGGAGGACGAGGAGGCGGCGGCGGCGGCCCUGGCGGAGCACUUCGGGAUCGGCGCGCGGCGGGCGCGCGGGCUCCGGUGCCUCGACGGCGCGCGCGUGAGUCUCGAGGUGCUCAAGCACUGCGCCGGCGUGCUGCUGCUCGAGUCCAGCCUCCGCGGCGACGUGCCCGCCGGCGCCGCGCGCAGGAGCACGCCCGCGGCGACUCCCGCGAAGCCCGACGGCAACAACAACACGUUGGAGAAGGCGUUUGCCCGCGCGGCGGCCGGGGCGACGACGCCGGCGAAGGCGGCCACCGCUCCUACUACUCCGCCUCCUGCUGCUGCUUCUCCGGCGGCUGUCCAGAAGGUGAAGACGAGCACGGGGAAGAGGGACAGCACGGGGAAGGUGGUGGUGGUGAAUAAGGGAGCGACGGCCACCACCGUGACCACAACUACGGCCACCGGCGGUCGCCGUGUGCGGCCACCCGCGCCGCCGUUCAGCAUGAUCCUGAGGCACUCGAGGGCCGUCAUCAGAUGAGAUGGUGAUGAUGAUCCAAUAAAUCAUCUCAUCUCACCACUGAAUAUUGCACAGCUUAAUUGUAGUUCUGAUCCAAAUUCAUUCAUAUUUGCAUUCCUUCAUUCAUUUGUAAAUUGUACAUCAUAGUUAACCUUGACUCAGGUUUAGUUUGACAGCAAUGUCUAUUGUGACCAUCAGCAUUAUCAUAUUGUAAAAACACAGUUCAUUUCAUUUUAUUUGUAAAUAAAUGCAAGUUGUAACAAACAAUUGUUGUACAAAAGAGGCCCUCAUUUGCCUCAGCUAUGAAUAAAAAUUCAUGAUUCAUUUCUGGGUU